CCCAACCUAGAACUACAAGCCCACACCACACCACACGUCUGUCUCUCUGUCUACCUUUCCUUUUGGAUUCUCUCUCUCUCUCUCUCUCUCUCACACAUUAAUUUGUUUUACAACAUAUAUUCCAACGUUGGUUGAAAUUGGUUGAGAAGGUGGGAAGAUGGAGAAACCCGGCUGUGUCAUCAAUGGAGGGAUCAAGCUGCCCAUUGGCUACCGCUUCCAUCCCACCGAUGAAGAGCUUCUGGUUCACUACUUGAAGCGCAAGGUCUUGGCUUUGCCAUUGCCCGCUUUAGUCAUUCCUGAGUUCGACGUUUUCCAGACCCAUCCUUGGGGCUUGCCAGGUGAUUUGAAGGAAAAGAGGUACUUCUUUAGAAUUAGAAAGAGGAGUGGUAGUGAGGAUAAGAGCAAGUGCAAGAGAGCUGCUGGUUCUGGUUACUGGAAGCGUGUUGGGAAAGAGAAGCAAAUAUUAGCUUCUGAGAGCAACCAAGCACUUGGGAUAAGGACAACUCUAGUUUUCUCCGAGAGGAAAUGCUCCAAUGGAAGUAAAACAAGAUGGGUCAUGCACGAAUACCGUCUUCCCUACUCCACCCUGCAGGUGUCUGGGAUGGAAAUGGAAGAUUGGGUUGUCUAUAGUGUAUUUCAAAGAAAGACAAGCCCUGCAAAACAAAGGUUCAUUUCUCAUCAGCGCUCUAACACCAAGAAAACUAGGAGAUUGGAAAUGGAGGUGAUUGCUCCAAUGGAAGACAGCUCUGAUUUGGGCCCUCCUCAACCUAAUUGUUCAUCAUGUUCGAGUGAAAUCACUGAGGUCUCUUCUAAUGGGUUAGAUCAGGAAGAAACAAGCUCCCCCAAUAUUUGGUUUUCUUCAUUUUCAUGUAUGAGACAGCCUUAAUUAAAUUUAAAACCACCUCGUAAUUUGAGACUUGAA